CAAAGGACCUGAAGCAUUAUAGGAGCUCUAAGGGGGGAACCAGCCAGGAGCCUGAGCCCAGAACUCCCCUCCCCGGAGGAGUCCCUAAGUAGGCCCUGCCAUGGGACUGUCUUCAGGCUCCUGCUCCCACACCUGGAGACGCUGGGCCUUCCUCCCAUUGCUACUGACCACUUGUGCAGGAUCUCUCAUGGCGGAGGACUCCAGGGUGCUGGGGGCGCAGCCCUGUGAACCUCAUUCCCAGCCCUGGCAAGCUGGCUUGUUCCAGGGUGUGCGGUUCCUCUGUGGGGGGGUCCUGGUGGCCCCUCAGUGGGUUCUCACAGCAGCCCACUGUCAAAAACCGAAGUUCACAGUCCACCUAGGACAGCAUAGCCUGCAGAACCCAGACGGUUCUGAGCAAAAGAUCGAGGUAGCUCGAUCCAUCCCGCAUCCUUGCCACAAUGAAUCCAAUAGAAACAGCCAUGACCUGAUGCUGCUCAGACUUCGGAAACCAGCCAGUGUGAACGACCAAGUGAAGCCCAUUGGACUUCCCUCUCGCUGCCCUCAGCCUAACCAGAAAUGUACUGUGUCAGGUUGGGGUACCACCACCAGCCCCCGAGAGAACUUUCCUGACACCCUGCACUGUGGAGACCUGUACAUCUGGUCCCAGGAUCUCUGUGAGCAGGCCUACCCAGGCAAGAUUUCAGAUGGCAUGGUGUGUGCAGGGGACAGCAACGGUGUGGACACCUGUCAGGGUGACUCAGGGGGCCCUUUGGUGUGCCAGGGAGUUCUCCAGGGAAUCACAUCUUGGGGCGCAGAUCCAUGUGGGAGAGCGGAUAAGCCAGGCGUCUACACCAGUGUCUGCCGCUAUACGGAGUGGAUUAAGAAGAUCGUCAAUGCUAACUGAGCCCGCGCUGGGGGUGGGUCGGGGAGGAGGAAGGGGCUGUCCUUCACCCUUAAUAAACAAGUAGCCCAGGUUGCGCUCCCGUAGACCUGCCCACCCUUGGACAGGGCCGAAACAGAGCUCUAAGGCUCUCCAAGGCGUGCGUGCAUCGCUCUCAAUCUGGGGGCUACCUUUUUCUUUC